GUAGCUUUGACUUCGGUAAGCCUCCAAUUGAUAAGAUUGGCACUCCAUCUUGGGGCAGGUUCAGGUCAAAUUAGGUUCCAUUAGACCAACUACGUGGCUACUGGCUAAACCAAUCUCCUUGGUUUCACUCAAUGUUGGUUAAGGUAGUUGAGCUUCAAAACCAACUUCAAAUCCACCCGCCACAUCUCUUUACCUAAACCCCUCCAUAUAAAUUCACUUAUCCUUUGCCUUCCAAUCAUCAAAUUCCAAUUCAAACACCACACUCAAACAUCCAACCAUCUGUUUUUUUCUUUUGCUUCACCAACAUUAAUUCCCUUAUUCAACUGCUCCAAAGUCUGCCCAAACCACAAGACAAUGGAGUUCUGCAAGCCAUCUUCUCGCCUUGUUCUACUUCUGGUGGUAGCUUUGACAGCAUUAAUGCUGCCAGUUUAUGGGCAGACCAAUACUCCAUGUAGUCCAUCGAUGCUUAGCACCUUCACCCCUUGUAUGAGUUUCCUUACCAAUAGUAGUGCCAAUGGUACUUCACCAAGUGCAGAUUGUUGCAACUCUCUUAAGAACCUAACAAAUGGUAGCAUGGACUGUGUCUGCCUCAUUGUGACUGGAAGUGUCCCCUUUCGUAUACCAAUCAACAGAACUCUAGCCAUCUCUCUUCCCCGGGCUUGCAACAUGCCCGGUGUCCCCGUCCAAUGCAAAGCUGCUGCUGGUGUACCUAUUCCUGCUCCAGGUCCAACCUCAUUUGUACCCGCCCUUUCUCCAGGAGCUUCACCAACUUUAAGCCCAGAAGGUUCCAUUGUGCCAGAACCAACACCAUCAGCUGAGGCACCAGAAUCCGACACCACACCGGCUCUAACUUCACCAUCUUCAACAGUGGGUCCUGAAUCCCCAACAUCCACUACAGGGAGCCGCCCUGAUCUUACCCCAUCGGCUACCAACCCAUCUUACAGUUUUUCACCAUUCCUUGUGCUGUUGACAUUAGGAUUUAUCAUUUUCAAGUACUACUAGGCGGUGAUAUCUCUAUUUAUAUGUAUUUAUCGAUUGUUUGAGCAGUAUAUUCUUUUAGUAGUGUGAAACUAUUGUUUUGAGAGCCAUAUUGGGUGAUUAUUUCUACAUAAAAUGAUAUUUUAGUGUAUUUUUUAUUUAGAGUAAUAAAAUUA